AUGGAUGCCCGCGCCUUCAUUACUGAUGAAUUCCUUCAGUCCGUCUUGCAUGCUGCCGCCGAGGCUCGCCAACAAUGCCUGCACAUGCUCGACUUCAUCGACCAGAACCGCGCCGCUCAGCCUGACCCCGAUGCUGAGAUGCAACUCAGUCGCCAGCAGAAAAUUCUUCAUGCCAACCUGGCCAAACUACGCGGUCUCAAUCGCCGCGCCGUUCUCGACACCCGCAACUUCAAACAGCAAACCCAAGAAGCAAAGUCCGAAAUUGAUUCCCUGCACCUCCACUUGCAGAACCUGUACUACGAACAGCGCCACCUCAUUGGGGACAUUGCUGCUUGCCAGGGCUACAAUCACAAGUACCAGACCCUACCCUUGAUUCCCGUCGACGAAAUUCUUGCUGCCAACCCCGAACUUGCCGGCGCAGAUGAACACGACCUCAUGGUUGCUCGGAUCAACCACGAACAUGCCGAGCGCCAAACUCUGGAAGAGCAACGCCAAGGACUACUUAAGAAAAAGCAGAGUCUGAUCGCCGACAACAACAAGAAGAAAGACGAGCUGGCUGCACUGGACAAGGAGAUUGAAAAGUUCCUUGGCUCUGCUACUUUGGUCCAGCAAAAGUUCGACCAACACGACCAACAAAUUCAAAAGGCUGCGGCUUCAGCUUGA